AAGAUGAAAGGUACUUUAUCUGUACUAAAUCCGAAGUACCUGUCGGAUGCUUCAAGUUGAUGCCUGGGGCCGAAUGCACUUGGCUCCUUCCUAAGAUUUCUACUGCGCACGUCUUUCUUGUUAAACCAAAAGUUGCAUCUCCAUCUCAUUUAACGCAAUCUUUCUUCAUCUCGCAGAUCGUUUACAACUCUAUUUACCAAGAGGAAUUCCCAUUCUCUCCAAAAGGGAUGGUUGACAAUCAUGGCUAGAAGAAGAAGUACUCGGUCCCGUUCCAACGAUUCUUCCGAUCCAGGAGACGCUGCGUUGGAAGUGCACCAACAUAUCUACCAGCUCAAAAAAGAUCGAGAUGAGAGCAGCAGAGCUGUGAGUGAAAAAUACGGUGCUGCCCUGGCGGAAAUCCAGGCAAGGGCUAGUGCCUGGCUUGAAGACUUGCAACGUCGACGAACACAGAGGAUGCUGCAAUGCCUAACGGAGAUCAUUGACUUGACGGAGCGCAGAGAGGCUAUCGAAGUCAAGAUGGCUGAUGUGGUGGCCAAGGCAGAUGCAAGGGUGGAAGAACUAGAGGCCAUGACGAUGGCUGGCUACGCAGGAAGAGAAAAAGAUGCAGCUAUAGCUCUGGAAAAGGUAGCUGCGCAUCAGCAUGGGAGUUGA